AAUCAUGAAACAGUUCUAUAGUAAAGGUUAAAGAAUUUGUGAAGAAAAGAAGAGUCAUUUUCAAGUUUCAAAUAAUAUAAAAAAUAAACUAGGAGAAAAAGAAAAGAAACGAAAACGCUGUCAGCUGUAGCCUGUAGGUGUCAUCUGUCACCAAAUCCAAAAUCCAUAUCUGAAGAAGACAGUGUUGUAAAAUAUUACAAUAAAGAAAAGGGCCAAAAUAGUUGUGAAAUUUUGCAUCACUCUAAAAUACCGCACAGAAAAUGUUUGCCAGAAAAAUAACUAACGUUUUCGUCCGUAAUUCAUUUAUAGGCCAAUCAACAAAACUUUACCGUAAUAUUUCAAUUACGACUGUAAAUCAUGACAUCGUUAAAAUACAAAGCACAGAUGAUUUUAAGGAAAAAGUAAUAAACAGCAAGGUCCCAGUUGUUGUCGAUUUCUUUGCUACGUGGUGCAAUCCUUGCAGGCUGUUAACACCACGGCUAGAAUCAAUUAUUUCUGAAAACAAGGGCAAAGUAGUCUUGGCCAAAGUGGACAUUGAUGAACAAACUGAUUUAGCUCUAGACUAUGAAGUGAGCUCUGUACCUGUCCUUAUUGCUAUGAAGGAUGGUAAAGUUCAGCAUCGUCUAGUUGGAUUACAGGACACCGACAAAUUGAGGAAGUGGAUUGAACAAUUUACAAAUGAAGAAUCUAAAGCCAAAGUUAAGGCAUAAAUUAGUUGUUGUACUUGUUGUUGAAAUAUCUAUGUAGUUGGUGGAAUAAAUUAAAAUAAAACAAAGUUG